AAUAAAGCUUAUAAAUUGUUCUUCUUUAAUUUUUAACCUUAGUAUAGAAUUAAAAAAAAAAAUGAGUGCAAAUGAAGAUUUCAAGAUAAUUGAUCUUAUAGCUCAAGAUAUUCGUUGGCCCACAUCUUUGGAACAACAUGGAUCUGAUGCAAUGCAUACAGAUCCUGAUUAUUCCUGUGUUUAUGUAACCAUUAAGUUAUUGAAUGGACUAUAUGGCAAUGGUCUUACUUUUACUUUGGGAAGAGGUACUGAAGUCGUCCAAAAAGCAUGUGAAGCCUUAAAACAUUUAGUAGUGAAUAAGAAUGUUCAUGAGAUUUAUAAUAAUUUUGAUAAAUAUUGGAGAAAUCUCACAAGCGAAUCUCAGAUUAGAUGGAUUGGACCAGAAAAAGGUGUUACCCAUUUAGCUGUUGCUGCAAUUAUCAAUGCUUUAUGGGAUUUAUGGUCGAGAAUAGAAAAUAAACCACUUUGGAAACUCUUAGUAGAUAUGGAACCAGAAAAAUUAAUUUCAACAAUUGAUUUUCGUUAUAUUUCUGAUGUCAUAAAGCCUGAAGAAUGUAUUAAAAUGCUAAAAGAUCAAAUGGAAUUUAAAGAUGAUCGUUUGAAAGAAUUAAAAAAGAAUGGCUAUCCAGCAUAUACUACACAAGUAGGUUGGCUUGGAUAUUCCGAUGAAAAAAUUUCAAAAUUAUGCAAAGAAUAUAUUCAAAAAGGAUUUAAUGCUUUUAAAAUUAAAGUUGGACAAAAUUUAGAGAAUGAUAUUAAACGUUGCGAUAUCGUACGCCAAGCAAUUGGUUGGGAUAAAGUUUUAAUGAUUGAUGCAAAUCAAAUAUGGGAUGUUGAAGAAGCUAUUAGUUGGGUUAAGGAAUUAGCAAAAUUCAAGCCAUUAUGGAUUGAAGAACCGACAUCGCCCGAUGAUAUUUUGGGACAUAAACGUAUUUCUGACGCACUGAAAGAAUUUGGUAUUGGUGUUGCAACUGGUGAAAUGUGCGCAAAUAGGAUUAUGUUUAAACAAUUUUUACAAAUUGAAGCUUUGCAAUUUUGUCAAAUUGAUUCAGCUCGAAUAGGUGGUGUUAAUGAAAUUCUUUCAGUAUAUUUUAUGGCAAAAAAAUUUAAUAUCAAAGUAUGUCCACAUGCUGGUGGUGUAGGAUUAUGUGAAAUGGUACAACAUUUACAAAUGUGGGACUAUAUUAGUUUAUCAGGAACUAAAGAUGGACGAUAUAUUGAAUAUGUUGACCAACAGCAUGAUCAAUUUAUUAAACCAGCUAUUGUAAAUGAAGCUGCAAAUUAUAUUGCACCCGAUUGGCCCGGUUAUAGCACAGAAUUAAAAAGAGAAGCUAUUCAAAUGUUUAAAUAUCCAGAAGGUUCCGAAUGGACAAAGUUAUUCAAAAGUGGAAAAUUUAAAAACGAAAAGACAAACCAGAUUGAUAUAACGAAACGAAAAAUAUUUUCAGGAGAAAUGUAUGAUUAAAAAUAUGAGGGAUAUAUGUAUGUAUGUAUGAAUGUGAAUUAUUCAUAUUAUUGUUUUUGUAUACAUUAUAUAAAAUAUUAUUUUAUUUUUUUUUUCUAUAAUUGGAGUUUUGUUAUCUGUUUUGUGAUAAGAAAUAAUUUGUUUAAAUGUACCUCGUGUAUUAUAAACUUUGAAUAACAUACAUACGUUUUAAAUUUAAAGCUAUUUACUCAACAAAUUGUUAAUCAUUAUAAGUAUAAA